AUGAAUUUCCACCAAGUCUCAUUUCAAUUCACAAUGAAGUUACUGUUUUUAGCCGCCUACGCUGUUGCCUUUUUCCAACCCUUUAAGGACAUCAAACAAAAUGGUAUUGAUCCCAACCCGGACGGAAUCUUGUGGUCUCAAGAUGCCAAAAACGAAAUGGUCGGUUUCGGCAACUUCGUGGCAUCGUUGUCCAAGGCCAAGGUCAAUCCUCACGCUAUUAUUUGUGACACCGGCCUUGUUUUUGCUGACCAAAUUCCAAGCUACGAAGAAAUGGUCAAGACCGGUUCUGUCAAUGGUCAGGAGAACGGAAAGUUUGAGAGCUUUGGCCUCACUGCCACCGAAAUGUAUCAUGUCGCAAAUUACAUUCAAGAUUUCAAGAAAACCUUUGAAGAUGAAGGAAAGAGUGCAAACAUUAUUCUUUGUGAGACUGAAUUCCCUGCUUUCGUGGUGGGAUACCAAGCGAAGACAACCAUAGCCGAGAACGCAAACGGAACCGAGAACACGACCGUGGCCGAGAACUUCGAAAAAAGAGAUGACCAAGUCCGUAAGUUCAGAAGCAAGAGCGACAUUUACGACAUGAUUGUGAAGUUGAGACAAAUGCACAAGCACAGUAGAAACCACUAA